AUGUCCAACACCCACCAAGAGAACCCGCAUCAGAAGCAAGAGCAACUCGUUCAGAUCCCGCGGCAGGACUCGGUAGCUAUGGAGAAUGAGGCCUCGGUCAAACUAGAAAGUCUCAAGUCUCUGAAUAAGAGGCUUAUUGAGGAGGCAGUCGAGCGCCGCCAACAGGUGCACUCGCUCAUGCAAUCGAAAGGGUCUCUGGAAUCCGAACUCACUCGGUCUAAAUCGGAGAUGGAGGUGUUGAGGAACGAGUUGACUCAGGUGAGUGAGAGGGUUGUGCAUUUUGAACUGGAAAGGAGUGUUGUGUCUGUGUUUGUUGCUUUGCAGGUGGAUCAACAGGCUGAGGUGGUCGAGGGGAAAACCAAGGGAUUGGAGAGUAAAAUAAAGGAUUUGUUAAGGAUGAUUGACGAAAAUGAACGCAGAAUCGGGUUGUUGAAUAAGAAACUGAGCGUGAGUGGAGCAGAAUUGGAAUCUGAGCGAGAGAGUUCGAGAAGGGUUAUUGAAGAGAGGGAUGAAAUGAAGGGUAAGCUUGAUGUGCAAAUAGAGAAGGCCAACGGAUUGAGGGCGAAUUUGGUUGAACUGGAGGAAGGAAAAAAACUGAUCGAGCAAGAAUUAGAAAAAAUACAGGUUGAAUAUAAUCGUUCCAUGGAGGAAAAACAAGAGGGGGAGAGGAAAAUCGAAGUAAUGAUGAGUGAUAAAAAAUUGGUCGACAAGAGUUUAGUUGAGUCCAAUAAGUUGAUUGAGGAAAUGAAGAAAGAAAUUCAGGAGGUUAUCAAGGAAAAACAAAGAAUUGAAGAGGAGAAAAAAAUGGAAAUAGUGAAGGGAAGUGAGUUGGAGAAUGUGGUAAGCGGACUGAAUGAGAAGGUGAUGAGUUUGCAAAAGGAGGAGGAAAAGUUGCGUGUAAAUGUAGCAGAGUUGGAGAAGAAAUACAUUGAAGGUGUGGAGAAGAAAAAGGAUAUGGGAAGGGAGAUUGAUGAAUUUAUGAAGGAAAAGAAGUUGAAUGAGAAGAUCCGUGAGGGAUUAAUAGAAGAGAAGAAUCUUGUUGAGAAGAAUAUGAAUGAAAUGUUGAAUCGAUUAGAUGAGCAUAGUCGGAAAAUUGAAGAAUUGGUCAAUGAGAAGAUUGUGUUGGUGAAUGCUAAAGAUAGACUUGCAAGUGAAGUGGAAUCUUUGCAAAAUGAAGUGGCUAAAUUCCAAGGCGUCGUUUUAGAACAGGAAGUGUCUGGCAGGGAUAAGAUAGAGAAAAUUAAAAACUUAGAAUCUGAAAUAAGUGGUUAUAAAUACGAGAUUGAGCAGAUUAAAGGUGAGAACGACAAUGUUAGAAAGUAUUUGGAUGAAGAGAAACAGAAUGCUGUAGGAUUGGAGGAGAAGAUUGAAGAAAUGGAGAAAAGAAUUGAAGAAAGUGAGAAUAUCACCGGGGAAGUGAAGGCUGAGAAUCUCACCAUACUCAGAGAAAAGAAAGAAUUGGAAAACCAAUGUGAUGUGUUGAAGAAGUCUAUAGCCUCUAUUGAAAAAUCACUUGGUGAGGCACAAAAUGGACUUGACGCCAUGAGGGGAAAAGUGGAAUUUGCGGAUGCCAAUACAAGUCUAGUUAUGAAUAUGUUGAGGGACACAGCAGCCUUCUGUUCAAAGGAAGAAAGGGGGGAUGCUGUGGAUGGUAAUUUGCUUGGUGGGAAACAGAUUAAUGGUGAAGAAAUGAAGACAUGCGCGGUGGAAUUGGAGACGAUCAAGAAUGCCUUUAUGAGUAAAGAAACUAAAGUUGAAAACAUGAAGAGACAACUCGAAUUCCUGCAGAUUUCGGUUGCUGAAGCACACAAGAAGAAGAGCUUUUGGACUGUUUUGUCCUCGAUUACCACACUCUUGGCCGCUGUUUCUCUUGCAUUCGCUGCACACGGUCGCUGA